CUUCCACAAUUGCAGUCUUUGUUGUCUAAAUGAGAGGACACAUUAUUCUCGAGGGGUGACCUCUCCUCUAUCCACUGGCCCUGGCCUCUCUCUCUCUCUCUCUCUCUCUCUCUCUCUCUCUCUCUCUUUCUCUCGCUCUCGCUCUCACUCUCUCAAAAGGCCACCAGCAGGACAUCUGACUAAUAUAUAUACUGUUAAUGGUUGUGUCAAGGCAACGAGGGGUAGAUGGAAAAUAUCCCAAUGAACUCACAGUGAUGCUGACUGAUGUUUGGGCAAUAAUGACAGAGGGAUAAACUCAGAUCUGACAGUGGAAAUGCCGAAGAGAAAAGAUAUCCUGGCACUUAUAUUGAUUGUUUUGCCGUGGACUUUGCUCAUCACGUUUUGGCAGCAACAUUCUGACAACCCUUUGCUUCCAUCUCAAAGGGAUGACAGGUCAGCUCACAGAAGAGGCUUCAGACUUCAGGAAUCCUGCAUCACACAGAACACUCAAAUCACUGAGGUCACCCGGACGAGGUACGUGUACAGCCACCUGCCGCCCCGGUCUGACGCACUGCCCACUCUUCACGUUAUAACGCCGACCUACAGAAGGCCCGUUCAGAAGGCGGAGUUAACCCGCCUUUCUAACACCCUUCUCCAUGUGCCCAACCUGCACUGGUUGGUUGUGGAGGACUCUUCGCGGAGGACGGCGCUGGUGUCGAGGCUGCUGGAGAACUCAGGGUUGAAUUACACCCACCUAAACGUAGAGACACCUCGGAACCUCAAAGUGCGAACGAAUCCCAAAGAAUCGAGGAUCCCGCGCGGCACCAUGCAGAGGAACCUGGCUCUUCGCUGGCUCAGGAGAAACAUCAACCCAAACUCUGGUCAUAAAGGGGUCGUCUACUUUGCAGACGAUGACAAUACCUACAGCCUGGAGCUGUUUGAGGAGAUGCGCUGGACUCGUAAGACAUCUGUCUGGCCGGUCGCCUUUGUCGGAGGUCUCCGGUACGAAUCACCCAAAAUCAACUCUCUGGGCAAAGUGUCCGGAUGGAGGACGGUGUUUGACCCUCGUCGACCUUUUGCUAUCGACAUGGCAGGGUUUUCUGUGAACUUACAGCUCAUCCUCAGCAAACCUCAAGCAUAAUUUAAGCUCCGGGGAGUAAAGGGUGGAUACCAGGAGAGCAGUUUGUUACAGGAUCUGGUCACUUUGUCUGACCUGGAGCCCAGAGCUGCCAAAUGCACUAAGGUGCUGGUUUGGCACACCAGGACAGAGAGACCUGUGCUCGUGAAUGAAGGUAAAAAAGGAUUUACAGAUACCAGUGUUGAAAUAUGACAAACUUCUGCAUGAAUAAAUUAUAGCAUUAUAAGUUUGACUUUGUUGUAGUUCUUGAACGUUAGUAAAAAAAUACCUCACUGGAAUAUGAGUAUUUGAAGAUACUCGGAAGAGCAGUUCUCAACAACACUCCAGCACUUUACUCUUCUUUACAUGAGGAACGUUUUUUUUCUCAAUGUCUUAAAAUGACAUCCAAGAUGUGGAUUUUCACAGCUCUGUCGAGAGCUGCACAUUUCUGCCAAAUUACACAAUAAAUAUAAGACGUCAUGUCUUGUUAAAGAUCGGGUAUCAUGCUAUGUCAUGCAUUCUGACUUCUUAAUACUGUUAAACGUGCUGGCUUCUCAUGCUUAACAUGGUCGACUUGUUAAAAAACGAGUUGGACGUAUGACGUAGUAUUUCUGUACUUGAUAAGCUCCCCCAGCACUCCAACUUGUUUCGGAAAGUUUUUUAUAAUAGGGAUCCAGAAUUAUAAAAAACUUUCAGAAAUAUUCCUUUUAUUGGCCAUUCUCCUGGAAAAGCACGGCAAGGCGAAAGAAAGAGCCCGCCCACGAGCCAACCGACGAGCGAGAGGUUAUCUGCGCUGCGUCAAGAUGGGCUGCGCUGCUCUGCAGCCCGUUACUCUUGCGAUAGUGAAGUUUAGAUGUGUCUGUUUGUUCACGGCAUUUCAGUGAUGGAUGUUAUAUAAACGGUGGAUAUAACGCUGGAUUUGGAGAUCGUUUGAACUGAUAGAUGGCGCGGCCCCAGUGCUAAAAGAUACCGGACAUGAACUGCACGCAGUAAGUCAAACUAAGUCAUACGUCUGUGUUUUGUUGGCAAUCGGCGCGUACGUGCAUAAUGUACAAAACACAAAGGGAUUAAUGUGAUGAUGUGUUGCUUGCUCGUGCUGUAGUUCCAUCCCACUCUCCCCACUAGUCCCACCUCUAGCAGCUCGUGUUUUUCCAUAAAUAAUCGUACAGCUGUAUAUCUCUUUUAUAAAUUUGAUCAAACUAAAUACUCUUCGAAGAUUCGAGGUAUGCAAUACUACUGUAUAGGCACUCAAGAUUAAUAUGAGAUUGGCAGAAACUGCCUGUGAUACGCAAACAUUUUUAAAUUUAUUGUGCUGCUUCAAGUUGAAGUUCAGAUACAGUUACUGUAUUUAUUUUAUUUUACAGGUUUACGCACACGCACACACACAGCCCCUUCUUAGGAAGUGUAUAGAUUACUGUGUACAUGUAAGUUUUCAUAUAAGUUUUACAGUUUUUUAGAUGAAGCCAUCAUACACACUCCAACCCACUCAUAUAUAAAUAGACAGUUCUGGUAAAAUACAAAUAAAACAAUGUAAAAAAUGGAAUGGAAUGCAAGCCAUGGUUCUAAUACAAACAUCUUCUUGUCAGUUUCUUGUUUCUUCAAGAUUUUUCG